AUGACAAGUCUGACCGAAGAGGAGGAAAACGAUAUCUCCAGAUUUACUGAAGUUUAUAAGAACACCCGGAACUUGCUUGAUAUUGUUGGUGGUUGGAUAUUAUCAGGACCUGACGAUGAUCUUGACGACGUAACAUUUCGCACACUUUGGCAACAAACUGACCCUGUGGUAAAAGAGGCACAUCAUUAUCUUUACAAAAAUUACACUAAAGAUGGUAAAUGUAUGCCUGUAACUCCUACCUCCAAACAUGGUUUAAUUUGCCAGAUUAGAAACAAGUCAUCAUAUGUGCACCUUUACAACUACGGUGAUGAUAAAAAGAAGAACUGUCUGGAUUUUUGGAAUCAUAAGGGCUUAGUGAAGCGAUAUGAUUUAAGUGGAAAGGAUGUUCAUGGCCCUAUUUACACUGAUCCGGAAUUCUCGUCUCUUUCUGUCAGCCAGGAUGGGAAAAAUGUUGUGUAUGUUGCAGAAAAGAAGGUUGUUAAAUCUGUGUCAUUCUUUGCUGAGAAUCCUAAACCAGGUGACAAACAGGGUGGGGUGUAUGAUUAUACUGAAUCUUGGGGGGAGCAGCUGGAGAAAUGUUGUGAAUCUGUGAUCUGUGUGCUGAAUUUAGACUCUGGAGAGGUAAAGAUACUGGAAACACCAUCUGAUAUCUUUUGUGCUAAACCAUCUUGGUGUGGUAAUGAGACUUUGUUUUUUAUAGGUUUCGACUUGAAGUGUUCGAAGCAUGGUGCAAUAUACUGCUGGAAUAAGCCUGGUAAACUAUGUUCAUACAAGACUGCAACAAAUUCCGUUGCAUUCCACACGCCAGAGGGUAAAUCUGUCUACAUGCCCUCACCUAACCAUGAGUCAGGCGAAGUAGCAUUCUUGAUGUGUGAGUCAGGAGGGCCUCAUCGAAAGUACAUGGACGUUUGUAUAUUCGAUGGUAAAGAGAACUUCAAAAUAGUCGAAAAUUCACUAUUCUAUGGAAAGUUUUCUCCUUCUCCUUGGAUUGAUGGUAGGAAUCUUCUUUUAGUGAGCUUUACAGGAACCAAAUCUGUUCUGAUUAAAAUGAAUACAGAAAGUGGCUUUAAAGAGAAUUUGUGGGAUGGGAGAUUUGGGACGGCUUCUUUGGAUGUUCUGGACCAAGUUGGCUCUCGAUGUUUGCUCUUUGUGAGUGAUCUAAAUCCUGUUUUAAGUGAGAAUACAAAACAGGGCAUCUUUUCUGCUGAUUUAAGCAAUGAAAGUUCAAUUAAAGAAUUUUGGAAGAGCAGUUUGUGUGAUAGCCCUGACGUGAACUGCAAGUAUACAAUCGAAUCAUUCAGCAGAGAAGAAAGAGCGUACAAUGGAAUUCUCAUUAGACCUGGUGAAGGUUGCUCUGAUUUAAAGACUCUUAUAGUGUUCCCACACGGCGGACCUCAUUCCAUGUAUACAACAGCAUUCCGUCACGACACAUACACCCUGGCUCAACUUGGUUACUCCACCCUCCUUGUUAACUACACUGGCUCGCUAGGUUUAGGACAGGAGAGUAUUGAUAUGUUGCCUGGUAAUGUGGGUGAUAUAGAUGUGAAGGAUGUGCACCACGCUGCAAUGCAGAUAGCACCAGGGUUCCAGCAUGUUGUGGUGAUGGGUGGUUCACAUGGUGGUUUCUUGUCUGCUCACCUUAUUGGACAGUAUCCUGACUUCUACAAAGCAGCUGCUAUCAGGAACCCAGUUAUUGACAUGUCUAACAUGGUGGGAGUAUCUGACAUUCCUGAUUGGUGUUACUGCGAGGCAGGUGUAGAUUACAGUGUGUACCGCCCUCCCACUCCUAAUGUUGCUGGUAUUGCAGCAAUGCUGGACAAAUCCCCCAUUCGUUACAUAGACCAAGUUAAAUGUCCUGUCCUGAUGCUAAUUGGAGCUAAAGAUUUGAGAGUACCUCCCUCACAGGGGCUAAGGUAUGUAAGGUAUUUGAGGUCACGUGGUGUUCCGUGCUCGUUGAGAGUGUACCCUGAAGAUUGUCAUCCUUUGAGUAGUGUUCCUGUUUCUGCAGACUCGCUCGCUCAUGUUCAUUUGUGGUUCAAGAAACAUUUAAAUCUUUCUUAGGAAACGUUUAUCUGAUUAGAAACUUUUAGAACAUUUUUAAUUUCUCUAUUGAAAUUAUCAAGCGUAGACAAUUUGUAAACUCAAGUAGAGAGUGUUUCGUAAUGAUCGUUAAUUUAUUCGUUGUUAAGAAAUAAGUGCCUUCAUUCAGAAAUGGGCAUGGUACAUUUACGCGUUAUAUUUGUCGUUUUGUCGUGAAUGUUACAGUUAGAAUUUUUUUAACUGUUUGUUAUCUGCUGGUAGCCUUGAUAAGUUUGAAAUGUUAAUUUACCA